GACACAAACCAUCAUUGAAGACGAGGAACACACAGAGGAAAGAAGACGAUGGGUUGUUUCCAUGCUUCCAUUGUCAUCGUGCUCCUGGGCUUUCUCAUGCUUGUUUCGGUACCGACAGAAGCUGCCACAAAGAAGUACCAGUUUGAUGUCGUCGUGAGCAACGUGAGCAGGCUCUGCCAUGCGAAGCCGGUCGUCACCGUCAACGGGCGGCUCCCCGGGCCUACCAUCUACGCUCGGGAAGGAGAUCGGCUGAUCGUUAACGUCACCAACUACGCGCAGUACAACAUGACCAUCCACUGGCACGGGGUGAAGCAGCUCCGAAAUGGGUGGGCGGACGGGCCGGCUUACGUUACACAGUGCCCCAUUCGCAGUGGCGGCAGCUACACCUACCACUUUAACGUGACCGGCCAGAGAGGGACGCUGUGGUGGCACGCUCACAUCCUCUGGUUGCGCGCCACCGUGCACGGCGCCAUCGUGAUCAUGCCCGAGCAAGGAGUUCCGUACCCCUUCCCUCAGCCCUACCAAGAAACCGAACUGAUCUUAGGAGAAUGGUGGAACGCCGAUGUGGAAAAGGUGGAGCAGCAAGGAAACUUACUUGGAUUGCCUCCCAACACUUCGGAUGCUCAUACCAUCAAUGGGAAGCCAGGGCCUCUCUUCCCAUGCCCGGAGAAGCAUACCUACGCCCUGGAAGUCGAAUCGGGCAAGACAUACCUCCUCAGGAUCAUCAACGCUGCCCUCAAUGACGACCUCUUCUUCGCGAUCGCCGGGCACAGCAUGACGGUGGUGGAGAUCGACGCAGUUUACUGCAAGCCAUUCAACACCAGCGCCCUGGUCAUUGCACCAGGUCAAACGACCAACGUCCUCGUUCGAGCCGACCAAGCUCCCGGCAGGUACUUCAUGGCGACCAGGUCUUUCAUGGACAUCCCCAUUCCCGUCGACAACAAGACCGCGACGGCGAUCCUGCAGUACAGGGGAGUCCCCACGACCGUCGUCCCCGUCAUGCCACAGCUGCCUGCGCCAAACGAUACCUCGUUCGUCGCCAGCUUCAGCGACCAGCUCAGGAGCCUGAACUCGCCACGAUAUCCUGCAAGCGUGCCCCUCGACGUCGAUCGACGUCUCUUCUACACCAUCGGACUCGGGGUGAAUCCGUGCCCCACUUGUUUGAACGGCACCAGGCUCACGGCGUCGUUGAACAACAUCACUUUCGUGUUGCCCCAAGUCGCGCUGCUCCAAGCGCAUUACUACGACAUGAAGGGAGUGUUUAGGUUGGACUUCCCCGACAAGCCUCCCACCUCGUUCAAUUACACCGGCACGCCCCUCACUGCGAACCUCGGCACAUCGCUGGGAACCAGGCUCAGCAGGAUCGCCUUCAACUCCACCGUCGAACUGGUGCUGCAAGACACCAACCUCCUCAUGGUCGAAUCGCACCCCUUCCACCUCCAUGGCUACAACUUCUUCGUCGUCGGAACCGGGAUCGGAAACUUCGACCCCGCCAAGGACCCGGAAACCUUCAACUUGAUCGACCCGCCGGAGAGGAACACGGUCGGAGUUCCCACGGGAGGUUGGACUGCAAUCCGAUUCAGAGCUGACAAUCCAGGGGUUUGGUUCAUGCACUGUCAUCUGGAAGUCCACACGAGCUGGGGGCUAAAGAUGGCUUUCGUCGUGGAGAACGGAGACGGGCCGGAGGAGUCGAUCCUACCUCCACCGAUGGAUCUUCCACCAUGCUAAGUUGAUGGAGGAGGAGGGGCUUGAUUGAUUGCAUGCUUUGCUUGCUAGCGGGUUUUGGUGUCCUGCGAGUGUCGCAGGUGUUUGUGGAUGAUGUCGUGCUAAGAAUGGCCAGUCAUCUUCCAGUUGAUGUGAUGUAAGAUUUGUAUGAAUAAAAUUGCCCUACAAAAAGGGUCAGGGGAUGCUUUUGUGUGUA